AUGGAUGAGCGUCAGGAGGAUAAGAUGCCAACAUGGGAACAAGAUAUGGAUGAGGAGGAGGAGGAGCGUCAGGAGGAUGAGAUGCCAACAGGGGAACAAGAUACGGAUGAGAUGCCAAGAGGCAAGCAGCAGACUGAGAGCACGAGGAAGUCAAGCUCUAAAUUCAUUCAGCCCCAGCUUGCCAUGUAUGACUUAGAUGAGUCGAGGGCUGUCACAGAGCUCAAACUUAUGGAGCAGGAGAAAGAGAAAAACAGUGAGCACGAGAUCCAAGAGCAGGAGGUAUGUGAGGAGAUGACUGAUGAGGAGGACGAGGAUGAGAUGGACGGAGACGAAUCGAGCUCCCUGAUCUCCAAGCAGCAUAUCAGGAAACUCUGUGGGGAAUUGCAGGCGACCUUGUCUUACUUGACAAUUGACAUCGAACCAGCAGCCCCGCUGAGCGAGGCGCCACCGCUGACAAUCCACACCAUCUUAGAGCAGUUUAAACUUUUGCGCCGCCAAAUGUUAAAGCUUAGAUGUCAGCUGCUUCCUUUCAGAGAAAGGUAUGAAGAGGAGCUGUCCAGGAGGGAUUCCUACGAGGGGUUGAGCGAGGAAGAGAAGGCCAGGAAGAAAAUGGAGAAGGAGAAGAACUUCUUUGAUAGCUACCGUGAAAGCACCGAGUUCUCCUCCCGCCGCGUUUCCUUCGAGCAACAAACCACAUUGAGCCCCAUGUUCUUCACGCAUUGCACCCCAGGACGGCCCUUGCCGUACCAUGCCGAGACAGAAGGGAUCAGCCUGCAGGUCUAUUCUUUCAAGAUUGCUGAGAUCAGCGGCAACCUGCACUGGCCGCUUCAGGUGUACGGCGUCGUCGCCGCGCGAGACAACUCGGACCGCAAGCGCGACAUCAUUUUCAGUCGGCCGAGGCACGACUGCCAGGAGCUCACCUCAGCUGACCCUUUCUUGCGCUUGACUGGACCGUCUCGGGCGAUUAUGGCACUGAGCCCAGUUGACUUUGAAGUCCAGCUGAAGCUUAAGGGUGCGACGGAAUCGGCCGACAGGGAGUUGAUGAAUCGGCGAGAUCAUUACAUUGAUGGUAUAGAAACUCUUACCUUUUCCAACUAUCUUUGCACAGCUGAGCUGAGAGUGGAGGAACUACAUGGUUCUGUUCAAGCCACUUUUCUGGGUGUGCGUGUCGUUGGAGGAGGUCCAUGGCCUUUUGAAUACGGAGGCCGGAUUGCUUGCUGCUCACCAGCUCACGAGAUUGUGUGUGUGGCUUGUGAUGGCAUUGCAGAGGUUGUAGAUGUUUCCUCACGUUUCCAAGUUAUUCUGCUCGAUUCUCGUGACUGUCAUCUAACAAACAGAAAAGAUCCUCGUGGCUGUGUGCGUGGGGAAAUGCCAAUUGGCAAAGGUGGUUACCUUGAUCUCUCAAGAUGUUUUGUUUCUGUUGAAGUGCGGAAAGAGAAUCGCCGACAGUACAAAGAUAGCCUGAAAGUUUUCCUUCAAUCAUACUCAGAGUCUGGUGGUAUUGCUGCGCAAUCCCAUGUCAAGAUCAGGCCCAAGACAUGCAACAUAAGCCGGCACACUUGUGACCUUGGUGGCUCUAAGGUGGAGAUUACCAUUGCUUGGUCGGCCAUUGUCAGGACAGACCGUUGUUAGACGAUCUGAUUUAGUAUCAUGUUGGAUGGUGCUCUGGUGGCCUGAAUGCUAUGGAGUGGGAUAGGUACAUCUAUCUAUCUCUGUUUUGCCAGUGGCUGUUUGUUGAAGUAAUCAUCUGCUGUAUCGGUGAGCUUUGUAAGAUAUGUGCCAGGUACUAUUUGUGCGUCAAACAGCUAUGUAGUAGGAUGCCCAGCUAGUCUGUGUGUGGAACUUAUGAGCUACUCUAGAAGUAGGAUGCUGAAC